UGGAGGAGGUGGUGAAGAACGUGGAGGAGGUGGUGGAGAACAACAAGAAGGCAGGCAAGGUGGAGAACCUGGAGGCCAACCUCCUGAAACAAUCCCACUACUUAAAAUGUCGUGAGCUGUUUUCUGACCGUCCCAUCAGGAUGCUGCUCACACUCAGGGACGUCUGUCGUGGAAUUCUUCAACAAAAAUGAACAGUCGGAUGGUCUUCAGGCCUUUAAUGCCAGCAGGAGAAUCAUACACACCAAAGCUUGGAGCCUCUCUGAGCAUCAGUCCCAACAGACUUCAGUUCUUCACGUACGACACCAUCAAGCUGAGCUGUGAUGUUUCCGGGAACUCCACCGGCUGGACGGUAAGGAGGAACACGACUUCUCAGACUCAUGUGCCAUGCAUGAAACCCUGGGGGAUCCCAAAUGGGCCCUCCUGCACUAUUGAAGACGCCUAUGCAAAGGACUCAGGGCUGUACUGGUGCGAGUCCAGAGACGUAGGCUGCAGCAAUGCCGUCAACAUCACUGUGACGGAUGGUGUUGUGAUCCUGGAGAGCCCUGCACUUCCUGCGUCGGAGGGAGACGACGUGACACUUCGCUGCUCCUACAAGAAAUUAGAAGAGUAUCAGGCCUCCUCUGACUUCACCGCAAGUCUGUACAAAGAUGGCACCUCCAUUGGGUACAUGUCUGCAGGAAAGAUUACUCUCAGUGCGGUGUCCAAGUCUGACGAGGGCCUGUACUCAUGUGAACACCCCACAAAAGGAAAGUCACCAGAGAGCUGGCUGGCUGUGAGAGCUCCAGACAAACCGCAGCCAACGAGCGCCUCUCCUCCUCCUUCUCCCAUCAUGUCCACGCCGAGGCUGGUGUGUACUGUCCUGCUGGUGACACUGUACACCGUGCUCACCAUCGUGUGCGUGUAAGUCCACAUACGCUGGGCUCAAGCUCGAGCUGAAAGGAA